AUGACCGCGCCGCUCGAUCUGGAAUCUGCAGGCCGGGAAUUCGACAAAUGGCUGGAUUGGAAUGGGACUGCGAAUGCCUUUCCACGAGCUCCUCAAGAAGACAAUCUUCCUAUCACUACGCAAAACCUCCUCACUCUUCCGAUAUCUCCCUCAUCGACCGCGAACGGGGAUUCACACCCUGCCCAAUUCAAGACCGACCUCCUCACCGCCCCUCCCGGCCAAGAUCUGUUGACCCCCCGACACAGUUCAGCAUCCCCAGAGUCGCGUUCUAGCCUCGAGAUGCGACUCAGCGGAGAUACUCUAAGAGAACAGCCAACCCCCAGCAUGCGACCUAUGCUCAAGCGGAAACUGUCCCCCACCGAUGUACCAACAACAGACUAUCAGCAUGAUGCUCCCACUCCUGCCGCCAAAAAGCGGCCGCACAACAUAAUUGAGAAGAGAUAUCGUGCCAAUCUGAAUGAGAAGAUAGCAGAAUUGAGGGACAGCGUGCCCAGCCUCCGUUUCGCGCAAAAGUCCAAGGUUCGGGAAUCAGCCAACGGGGAUUCUGACGAUGAUGACUUGGAUGGCCUCACUCCAAGUAACAAACUCAACAAAGCUUCCAUUUUGACAAAGGCAGUUGAAUACAUCCGUCAUCUUGAGUUUCGCACAAAGCGCCUAGAGGAGGAGAACAAAUCUCUGAAAGAACGGCUCGAGACCCUUGACAAGGUCAUCGCUCAGGGCGGUCACGAUGCGCAAAGAGCUGCUGCUUUCACAAGCAAUGUGGUCAUAGAAGAGUCUUCUCCCGCUUCAAACACCCAUUCCCCUUCACCCGAAUCGACAAACACACCCGCCAACCCUCCUCAGGGACUCAUCCCGCUACCCGAGAGUUGGAGACGUCUACGACAAAACCAACCGCAAGAACACUAUGGCCACAUCUAUCAGACUCCGUCAGAACGCUCCGUAUUCAAGGGCAAAUGGCCUACGAGGAUUGUUCUAGGCUCUAUCGCCAGCCUAAUGGUGAUAGAUGGCCUCAGUGAGUCUGAUAUGGGCUCCGAAUCCCGUGAGAAGGGUCUUUUUGGAAUCCCUCUGGAGCUUCUUGAUGGCUGGAAAUUUCUACAGUCACCUCGAAUAUACUUGGCCGCUUUCAGCCAGUUUUGUCAGGCCGGUGGCAUUUUACCCUUGGUCAAGGGAUUCAUUGCUCUGACAUUCUUGGCCUUCCUCAUCUUCUCAUACUUGUUCAAUUCGAAGCCUCCGCCAAAGUCCGACAUCGAGGAAUUGGGAACGCCUUCGAGACAGGUUCCAGCUCCCGCCUCACCCAUUCAAGUUCGACGCCGCGCCUGGAGCACUAGUAUGCAGGAGCUGCACCUUCCUCAUCACCACUUCUUCCCCGAGUGGAUGGCGAUCACUUGUGAAUGGCUCAAGUACACCUUUGGCUACCUCUUUGGAGCGCGGGCCUAUGCUUGGCUUACCGGCCGCACUGCUGACGACGACGUGGCUCGGAUCAAGACUUGGGACAUUGCAAUCGACGCACAAUUGGCUGGCGGUGAUGCCGAAGUGAGCCGAAGCCGACUGCUCCUGACAAUCUUUGGGGCAGGGACUCUCCCCCGGUCGCCUUUGCGGUUGAUGCUAAAAGCACUCCAUUGCCGGGUGCUCCUGUGGAACGUGGGCUCACUCGGAACUGGAGUAUCCAGGAUCGCUAACCGUGUCGGGAAGUAUUUUGCAAACCGGCAAUGGAGUCGCGCCAAAGACUCGCACAGCAAUUUACCCCUGCAUCAUCCGGAUCCUCUCCCUCCGUACCUUUCGAACAUGCUCGAUAUGCCGUGCGAUCACGUAUUCCUGGACACGGUCUGUCAGAGGGCCUACAAUCUGAUGUAUGAUCGGCCCACGCAGGAAGACUCUACCAAUCCUCUGCUGGACGUUGUGGUGGAAGACCACGCAGUCCGAUCUCCGCUUGAUGCAGUUGCAGCAUGGCGGUCAAUGGUGUCAUUGACAGAGGCUCUGGAGCUGUCCUUGCACUCCCCCGAGGCAUUCGAUCAUGUCCAAGAGCACUUGAGUGCUGCGCUCAGAAUUGCCCCACCUGGCUCUGCUGCCGAAACACGGGCGCUGGCCGCAAGCUCGGUCCUAAGCAAUACCGCUCGCACGGACUAUUUUCAACGAGCAUCCGAAGCCAUGAAAGUUUUGUCCGCCCCUGUCACGCAGCCAGAAACCGAAACUCGGCCGCCUUAUUUUAUUGACUCGUCGACUCCGCCAUCCGCUAGGACUGAUAUUUUGAAUUGCUUGCAUUGCGCGGAAACUUUGCAGAUCCUCGAUCGGGAGGAUCAUAGUACUCAGGAGAAUCAAGAGACGGCAUUGGCCUUUUUCAGUUCGAAGAAUCUUGAAAUCGAAAGCACAUACCUGUUGACGCAGGCUGCGAGGAAGCAUCUUCUCGGGCGUUUGCCAGCUAUUGAGAAUCCAGCGACCGCUGGAAGAGAAGAGGUUCGCGCUCUACCACACGAUCACAUAUUCGCGGCUGACGUGUUGGGUAUGCAAAAUAGCCGAAACAAGAUCCCGCGCCGGUAUAGUGAGACCAGCACCGACUCUGGUUAUGUUAGUCAGGAUACUUUUAUAUCCUACUGGGACACCGAUAUCGAGUCAUCGCCCAUUUCAAGGGCUUGA